GUUUCAGCUGCCAUGUUUGGUUGCUUUGUUGUAGGCUUCUACUAGGUUUCCUACAGAAUUAGUAAGUGUGGAAAUGGAGCCGAGCUGGAGUACGUUUCUUUUUCAACAGGCCAAUGAAGCCCUCCACCACCAGCACCAGGUGGCCCAGAACAGCCUGCUGCCUCUUCUCAAUGCAGGAACUGAACAAGUUGACCAGAAGCCUGUCCUUCCGAUCCAAAUAGACCAGAAGCCUCCUUCCAGUGCUGCUGAUCUCCUUAAAGACAAUGUGACCGGCGGUGGAGGUCCAAGGCCACCUGUGCCUGUGAUAAAGAAGGAACACAAAGGUAAAACACCUUUCGUCUGUGGUUACUGUAACAAGGCCUUCCGAGACAGCUACCACCUGCGACGCCAUGAGUCCAGUCACACCGGCAUCAAAAUGGUGUCACGGCCGAAGAAGACCACCCAGACGGCCCCCACCAUGGUACCCAUGAUUUCCACCAUGCCACGAGAGAACAACGGCAAUCCUUCCUACAUCUCGACAGUAGCGGGCAUCCUGUCCACGGCGACCACUUCUGUUUCAUCAGGCACGAGCGUCAUGACCCCGUCUGCCAUGGGCAACGUGCCGCAGCAAAACAUUGUAAAGAAACCAGCCAAACCGGUCAAGAAAAACCACGGGUGCGAGAUGUGCGGCAAGGCCUUUCGCGACGUCUACCACCUGAACCGCCACAAGCUGUCCCAUUCAGACGAGAAGCCGUUCGAGUGCCCCAUCUGCCAACAACGCUUUAAAAGGAAGGACCGAAUGACCUACCACGUCCGCUCUCAUGAUGGAGGGGUCCACAAGCCUUACGUUUGCUCUGUGUGCGGAAAAGGCUUUUCCAGGCCAGACCACUUGAGCUGCCAUGUGAAGCAUGUGCAUUCCUCAGAAAGACCGUUUAAAUGUCAAGUUACGGCCUGUACCUCUGCUUUCGCCACCAAAGACAGACUCCGUUCCCACAUGAUCAGACACGAAGGCAAGGUCACUUGUAGCAUCUGUGGAAAGAUGCUGAGUGCCGCCUAUAUCACCAGCCAUUUGAAGACCCACGGACAGACCAACUUUAACUCCUGUAAUAAAGAAGGUAACGACGUUUGCAACUCUGCCUCAUCUACCCCUGUGACUGUGUCUGCCCCCAUCACCACGGCGAUGAACCGGGGCAACUCCAACAACAACCCCGUCACCAUAGCCGCACAAAUGAACAUUAGCACCAACACAGUCAACAUCACGUCUCCCGUCAGCCUCCAGCACCCGGUCACCAUCACCGGGCCGGUCAACAUCGCCUCCGUCAACAUCCCGGCCUCGGCGCCUAUGAAUAUCGCCCACCCGGUCGCAAUAACCACCCCCAUGCCCAUGAAUAUAGCCGGGCCGCUCAACAUCGCCAUGAGGCCAGUGGAUAGCAUGCCUUUUCUGUCCCAAGUCUUGCCUUCUUCCCCGCCCUGGUAAAGAGGCAAACACAGAAAAAGAAGAGAGAAGCGAACUGGCCACAAAGAAAGGGAAAAUGAAGUGAAACAAGAGACUAGUGUCGUCAAUAUUUGCACCUCGAGCCCAGCUCUUUCUCUCCCCGAACCGUGUUUACUUCAUCCAACCAUGAAGUGAACGUCUACAGCUGUAUGGCCGGUGGGAGCUCCAUAAGUCGCCGCCGCCACCACCGCACCCUAACUAAUGUUAAGAGACUGACACGAGACGCAGAACACUUGAGUAGAAAUCGAGUAGGAUUUACCUUGAAAUCAGGAGAACCGUAAGGCUUAGUGUAGUCCAUUUAGAAUGAUUAAACUGUGAUUUGUAUCAUGAUGAAUGAGAGGACAUGAAUUCUCAAGCAUUCUUGAGGACUCACUACACCUGUGCUUUUGUAAAUGAGAGAAGAGACAUGGACUGAAGCAAUAAAUAGAAAUUGCUGUUUUUGAUGUUUUACACAUUCUCUCUCUCUCACUAUAAAAAGCCUCUGGGUGUUACUUUUUGUAUGUCGUUUUUUUAACUAUAGCCUGCUAAUCACUAUUUAAUGUUAGAGAAAAUGAGUCUAGGAAAAGGGACAGCAGCUUCCACUUGCAUGGAAGAAUAUUUUUUCACAGUGCUUUAGCUUUUCUUUCUCAGAUAGUAGAUAUGCUCUUGAGGUACAGUGACUAACUUGUACAGUUGACAUAUUAAUGUAUUUUAAUGUCAGCGUUUUGCUUUUUGCUUUAGUCAUUCAAGUGGAUAUCUCGACACUGUCCUCUUGACUAUGAAAUAUUUGUACUUUUUUUUUUCUAUGGAUCCACAAAGGUUUGUUUUUAUUUGCCUAUUUGUAGUGUUGAUUUUUUUUUUUUUUUUUUUUUUUUCAUGAAGUCAGAAUGGAGUCUUGCACUGAAAGCAUAUCCUACAUACAGGUGAGCAGCAGUAUUAUCAAAGAUCAAAUUGGAGUCUUAAGUGUUUUGGUGAGCCAGCCUACACUUGAGGGCCAUCUAGUGGCUGCACAUGCAAAGGCCUGGCCCCGUACUGAAGCUUUUUCAGGCUGUUGCUGUCACAGUGACUGGUCAGUUUUGUUUGACUCUUCUGUACGCUGGUCUUUUCUAAUAUUUAUCUAAUCUGUGAUAGGCCCAAGACAAUACUAAGGACCCUUCACUCAGGAAACUUUCAGAAAUGCCCACUAAUCAUUUAGGAACUUGGAUCUUUUUAAAUUAAGUCUAUCUAUAUUCUACUUUAACUCUGGACUUCUGCGUUUUUUAGUUUCCCCUUAAUCAUUUUACAUUCUGGUAUUGACAGAAUUUGCAGUCCAGCAGGGAGUAGAAGUCCAAGAAUACUGGCACAGCCGUCCAUUUAAAUUAUGAUCUCCUGUUUAAUGGCAUACAUGCUGUACAUUUUUACAUUUCUUUCUUGUCCAAUACAGACUCAGAUAGAGUGACUGAGAUCUGGAUGAAUUUUGACAAAAUGCAAGUUUGUGUCCAUUAAAGUAAUGGGAUGAGGUUGAGGUUGCAUGACCCCAAACACUGUAGCUGUUGAACCAACUGUUUUUGAUGAAUGCAAUGUUAUCUUGACAGUGUUGCAGCUCUUUGAGUUGAUUAAUUUUAUACUGAAAAAAAAAAAAAAAAAAAAAAGUACAAUAUGCAUGUUUGUCAUUUUCCCAAGAUUUGUUUUAAACAAAUGUUAGUGUAGCCUUUUUUUUAUGUUCUUAUGCAUUUACGUAGAUACACUAUGAUAACCUGUUUGCCAAAAUUGAUACAAGAAUUAUGUGAUAAACUGAACACUUCUUGUGGAACCGAACAUCUCUUUAUUUUUAAGGACAAAAGAUAAUUGGAAUUCCCAGGACACUUGUGAAAGCAGUUGAAUGUAUAUCUUUGUACAAAACUAUUUUAGUUCCAAGGAUACAGUAGUUACAAUAGAUGUGAAAGAUAAAAAUAACCUUUUUUUUUUUUUUUUUAUAAAUCUUUUGUAUUAGAACAUUAACAAUGGUAAUUUUGUAUAUAUAAGAGGCUAGGCUUUCUGAUUAGCAGAAAGGUCAAACAUUCCUACAUUUUUUUAAAUGUACGUUUGUCAAAUUAUUACAUAAACAUGCGCAAUGUUAUGUGCCUUUUAUUUGGGUUGUCUAAAUAAAAGAAAACUAUCAAAUGUG